AUCUUCCUUACCCGUUCCUGAAUGCGCACCUUCAUCAAAAUCUAUCUGAAAGAAGAUUUAAGACGAAUAAAUGGCCGCCAAAGCCAGGGGGUGCUCUUGUCUAGUCACCUUGGUCCUCUUCUUGGUGUCCUCAAUGGCUUCUCUUCAGGAAGCCAUUGCCGCCGGCGAGUGCGGGAAAAUGCCCAUAAGCACCGCGGCGGUGAGCCUAAGCCCGUGCCUGAGCGCGGCUGGGAAUGCGAAGGCCAAGGUCCCGCCGGCUUGUUGCACCAAAGUCGGCGCGCUCAUCACGACCUCGCCGAAAUGCCUCUGCGCCGUUCUCCUGUCUCCUCUGGCCAAGCAGGCUGGGAUCAACCUCGGAAUCGCUAUCACCAUCCCCAAGAGGUGCAACAUCAAGAAACGACCCGUUGGAAAGAAGUGUGGAGGGUACACUGUUCCAUAAGAAUGAUACAAUCCUGGCUCGAAGAUCAUGCGCAACCUGCUCAGCUUUUAUGGCAAAAAGCUUGGAAAUGCUAGAUAAAGUAUCCGUACGUGGAGGGCUUGCAUUAUUAUUAUCAUUGAUCAAUUUGUCUCUGCAGUACAAUAUAUCAUCUUCCCCUUGUAUUGGAAACUUCACUCUACCCCACUUGCAGUUGUCACAUUGUUUUGCAAGUUAAUUUUAUAAACUGUUCUGACAAUAAUUAGCAUUACUCCCUUAAGGUAUGAAAAUAUAUUUAAUAAUACUAAUAUAUAUAUGUUUAUUAUUUCAAGUCAA